CAAACUUCCUCUUGUCUGAAGAAAUCUCUUACGUGAAGUUUAACAAUUAGCAUCCGUUAUUGUUUGCUACGUAACCUAAGAUCUUGCUAUCAUUUAUUCAUUCUUGUGAGAGUAUGGACAACGAGCUGUUUAUGAACACAGAUCAUUUCCAAGAACCGUCAUCUUCAUCGGCGAUGCUUAACUGGUCCUUAAUAGAUCCAAACCUCACUCAACAUUCGCCUCCACAGGAUUACUUCACGUGGGAAAAGUCAACAGAACAACAACAACAAAAACAGAGCAUCUUCGACUCUGCUUUGAGCUCUCUAGUCUCCACCCCUACGCCGUCGAACUCAAACUUCUCCGCAGCUCCUAUGAGCUCUCCUCCGCCUAUGAUUAACAGAACGACGCCGUUGGCGGAAUUCUCGGGUGAUCCGGGUUUUGCGGAGAGAGCAGCGAGAAUCUCUUGCUUUGGUAGCCGGAGUUUCAACGGAAGAACUAAUUCAACUCUCCCUGUUAGCAACUGUAAGAUCAUAAACUCUGGGAAGCUGACACGUGUCUCCAGCACACCAGCUCUUAACACCAUUGUUUCUCCGAUGGUUCCCGCCGGAAAAUUUUCCCGGAAGAGAAAAUAUGCGUUCAAAGUUAAAUCCAAGGAAACCCCACUUCCCACUGCUUCACCAUCACCAAGUUUUUCAAAGACGGCGGAGGAAGAAAAAGGAGGGAAAAGAAAAAGAGAAGACGAUGAAGAAGAUAACACAAAAGCACCUGAGCCUCCUAAAGAUUACAUUCACGUUCGUGCUCGACGAGGCCAAGCCACUGACAGUCACAGUCUCGCCGAAAGAGUUCGGAGGGAGAAAAUUGGUGAAAGGAUGAAGAUGCUUCAAGAUCUUGUUCCUGGCUGCAAUAAGGUUACUGGAAAGGCAUUGAUGCUGGAUGAAAUUAUAAACUAUGUACAAUCAUUGCAAACACAAGUUGAGUUCUUGUCAAUGAAGUUAUCAUCAGUGAACGACACCAGGCUGGAUUUUAACGUGGACGGUCUUGUGUCGAAGGAUGUUAUGAUUUCAUCAAGUAGCAAUCGGUUGCAUGAAGCAGGACUCCAAGCAGAGUCUUUAAGUCAUCAUCAUAGUUACAAUAAAAAUUCACAACUGCACUCUAAUGUUUCUUCCAAUAACAUGAUGGUCCAAUCUCCUAUGAACUCACUAGAAACCUCUGCCUUAACCAGCAGCUUCACCCACUUACCAACAUUUACCCAAUUCACUGACUCAAUUUCUCAGUAUCAAAUGUUUAGCCAAGAAGAUUUACAGAGCAUUGUAGGGAUGGGAGUGCCACAUAACCCCAACCAUGACUGUCAAAACAUGAAAAUUGAGCUUUGA